AAGAAACAUAUUUGAUAAUCUGAAAAAUCUUUGGUUUAUAUUAAGGAUUCAUUAGAGUUUUUUCUAAUACUAAUAUAUAUGAUUAUUUUAAAUUUGGUCAAUUUCGAUAGAUUUAUGAGUAUUAAGUAACAGUGAAAAUGUUGCGAGCGGAUACUUUUGAUACAACAAAAUAGUUAUAAAAUUAUGUUUAUUAUUAAUAGUAAACUUAAUUUCAAAUAUGUUAUCUAAUACCAAUAGCUUCUCUUCUACCUUCGACCCCCAGUCGACCCGCGACUGAAACCCUUUGACUCGAAAUUUUCCCCAAUCGGCGGCCGAACCCUAGCCGCCGAUUCACCCCAAUCGCUUCUUCCCCAACCCCCACCCCCAUACCGGCGACUGCUCUGUGUCCUCACCCGUCCAAAUCGAAGUGCCUCCAAACCACGUCGACUCCUCUGUGUCCUCACCCGGCGACUCCAACCCGGCGACACUCCUCCAAUGUGGCGCCUCCAACCCGGCGAUACUCCUCCAAUCCGGCGCCUCCAACCACGGCGACUCCAAUCCGACUGACGGAGACUCCGGUGAACUAAGGUAUCCCCAACUCAUGGUUGUGAUUAAAAGCAAGUGAUAUUGCUGCUGCUGCUUUGGGCAUCGGGUAGGGUGAGUAAGAAAGGAAUAGUGAUGCUGGGCAUUUCAUAUGGGGAGCUGUUUCUUAUAAUUGGAGCAACUGCCGUUCUAAUUGGCCCUAAGGAUUUACCAAUAAUUGCCAGAACCGCUGGUAGAUUAGCUGGACGCGCCAUUGGAUAUGUCCAAGUCGCCCGUGGCCAAUUUGACAAUUUUAUGCAACAAACUCAAGCUCGCCAGGUGCAUAAAGAACUGCAAGAUACAAUUGCACAGUUAGAAGCUAUUCGUCAUGAAAUUCGAACUAUAUCUUCCAUAAAUCCUUUCCCUUUGACUCGAAGGUUCGUGGACAAUGUGGAAACUGCACUUCCUAGCAAUGUUGAAAUCGGGCCUGAAAAAUCAGGGAAAGAGAGCACAUUAGGAAACCCAAAAGCCAAGGAUCAAGGUUCACCGACAUUACACCCAUCUUGUAAAACAAUAUGGUAAAAGAUGUUUUCAUUAUA